AACUCUCGCGAGACUGUGAGUCAGACUUCACCCAAGCCGAGUGAAACAAUCAGACUGAGUUACUGCGCAGAGAUCAGACUUAUUUACUCGCUGUUUGCGUUCAGACCGGCUGUUUUUCUUUUCUGUUAAAAACCCGUGAAGCGUUUUUGUCCCUGAACAUGGAGCCGCACUGCGAGUAGCCGCCUCCGCCAAGAGGCUGAAACCGGAAGAUGAUUUAGCUCACUUAACGCUAGCUUCUCCCUCUGGUUCUCUGUCCGCGUCUCGGCGGGUCGGCGGUGCUGAGUGAUGCCCAGCGGGGUUGAAUACGGAGAGCUGGGGGAAAGCCUUCCUGCCAUUUCCUCCCUAAACGCCUCGUACUCUCAGACCUCGCUGUCCAUGCCCUCGCCCCACUACCUCCCGCUGCCUCCCACAGAGCGCAGGGCCAUCUCCGACGUCCGCCGCACCUUCUGCCUCUUCGUCACCUUCGACCUCCUCUUCAUCUCCCUCCUCUGGAUCAUCGAGCUAAAUAUAAAUAAGAGUAUCUGGCUGAAUCUGGAGAAGGAGGUCGUUCGGUAUGAUUUCAGCUCCUCUUUCUUUGAUAUCUUUCUUUUAGCUCUCUUUAGGUUUUUGUGUUUGCAGAUUGCUUACGCUGCCUUCAGGCUGAGGCACUGGUGGGUUAUUGCGAUCACUACUCUGGUGACCAGUGCCUUCCUUAUUGUCAAAGUCAUCAAAUCAGAUCUGCUCACUGAGAAUGUCUUCGGCUAUGUUCUUCCCAUCACCUCCUUUGUGGUGGCCUGGCUGGAGACCUGGUUCCUCGACUUCAAAGUUCUCACGCAGGAGGCGGAGGAUGAGCGAGUGUACCUGGCGGCCGUGAAUGCAGCGUGUGAGAGCGCUCGUAUGAUCUACCCCAGAGCCGUGUCCGACGGCCAGUUCUACUCUCCUCCGGAGUCACUCGCAGGUUCCGAGGAAGAUCUUGAUGAAGAAGGUCUCGGCAGGAGAGCAGUAACUGCACAGGAGAAGGAGUUUGUGCGGCAGGGCCGCGAGGCGAUGGCUGUGGUGGAACAGAUCCUGUCUCAGGAGGAAAACUGGAAGUUUGAGAAGAAUAACGACAUGGGGGACUGUGUGUACACGCUGGAAAUCCCCUUCCAUGGAAAGACGUUCAUCCUGAAGGCGCUACUGCAGUGUGCUGCUGAGCUGGUGUAUCAGGAGGUCAUUCUACAGCCGGAGAAGAUGGUGCAGUGGAACAGAACAGUGUCAGCGUGCCAGAUUUUACAGAGAGUGGAUGAUAACACACUGGUAUCGUAUGAUGUGUCUGCAGGAGCAGCAGGAGGAGUCGUUUCUCCCAGGGAUUUUGUAAAUGUUCGUAGAGUGGAGCGGAAGAAAGAUCGUUACAUCUCGGCCGGCAUGUCGACCAAUCAUGGUGCCAAACCUCCACACAGUCGCUACGUUCGGGGUGAGAAUGGUCCAGGUGGGUUUGUGGUGCUGAAGUCCAGCAGUAAUCCUUCAGUCUGCACUUUCAUCUGGGUGCUCAACACUGACCUCAAGGGUCGUCUCCCGCGCUACCUUAUCCAUCAGUCUCUGGCAGCUACCAUGUUUGAGUUUAUGGCCCACCUUCGUCAGCGCAUCUUGGAGGUCCGCGCGUCACUACGGUAACGGAGGAACGUCUCACCUGUGUGCUCUUCACCCCAGAGCCGGAGUUCAGCCACACACCGCUGUGCUUUGGCCUUUCCAUUUUCUACAAUACUGCAGUAUUUCUAUGGUUGCCAUGUGGAGAUUCACUGCCCCUCCUGGCUGGGAGGAGGUGCUGCACACUGAUGUUGAUCAUGGUGAAAGAAAUGGUUAAAAAAGAGAUGGUAAAACUGGCCGGAGCAGGACUUCUGAAGGAUUCUCUGUUAAACCCCUGUGAAUGCUGCUGCACGUGGAUGUCACAUCUGAGCCUUUCUGUCUUUUUUCUUUCUUGUACGGUUUAAUUUUUCCCCAUACAUUUCUUCCAGUUGUUACUCUCAGUCAGUUCCCAUUUUACUACAGUGUCUUCACAAAAUAUUGUGACAGAAUUAUUUUUUUCUGUGUGUUCAGGCUGUUUAAUUAUAAACGAAAGAGGAAUAAGAUUAAAGGUGUAGUAAGGUGUGGAUAGUCUUAUUGACAGGGUGUUUCUGGGCAUGUUUAUUUCACACUUUUGGAAUGCUGCCACCGUUUUGUGAGCAUAUGUAUUGGGACAAUUUAAUGUAUUAGUUACUCAGGUGGUCUCCUCUACAGCCAGUUACGUUCAUGCUUUAUCAGCUAUAAUGAAGGUUUUUUCAUUUUGUUGCGUAAACACCUUUUUUGUUUCUGUACACCUCCAUUUUUUUCAUAAUUAGUAAGUGGCUGCAUUUAGUUUACAUCACAGACUGAAUUGCAUUGCUUGGCACUACCUCCACCAUGUUUCGCAGAUUAUCUGUUUUUUGUUCUGCCUUUGUUAUUUAUGUCUAUCAUUAUCUGUACACAUAAUUAAAGGAACACUGCUCCUGAUGAUGUAGCUUGAAGGUAGGAGGAAUUUUUGAAAAACUACAAUUGUUUUUGGGGGAGGUUUGAAGGCCGACUGUAUGAAAUGUAAGUUUUUGAGCCUUCUAGCAGAAAUGUUAGCCAUCUGGCAUCACUUUACAUUCGUCAGAUAAAAAUACAUCCUUAAAAAAUGUGUACACACAUAUAUAUAUAUAUAUAUAUAAUAUUAAACCGUAAACACUCAAAGAACUAUUUGAAUGCAUAAAUGGUUCUUUACAUCUUUAAAGGUCCUUUUCUAUGAUGGAAAACCUGUUGUCUAUGCUUCUUAAAGAACCUUUAUAAAUUUGGCUCUGUAUAGCACUGAAAAAGGUUCCACUGGUGUUACACGUCACAGAACCUUUUUUUGUACUACAAAAAAAUCUUUUUUUUUUUUUGCUAAGGGCCCCAAAAAAAUCUACCACAAAGCAGUUGUAGUUUUUAAAAAGCUCCUCCUACCCUCAAAAUACAUCAUCAGAAGGGAGUUUUUCCUAGUUUGUUUGGAAUUUCUCUUUAAAUCUGAAUGCUCAGCUCUGCUUAAUUGUGUAUUCUAAUAUAAGUCAGUUAUUCCUGCACUGUGGAUGUUUAUUUUUCAUGUAAAUCACAGUUUCAGGGUUUUUCUGCACCACAGUUUGUUAUUAUUCUGUUUUCAGCUACAGUUGCCUUUCACAGCCGAGCUGACUGUCGUUGAUAAGUGCGAUUACACUCGUUAUUAUUUUUUCAGGCAUAUUCUGAAUCAGUUUCUCUUUUAUUUUGUAAUUGUCACUUUGGUUUAUGUGCAUUAACUCAAAAGACAAGCUUGAUGAUGCAGGCUAGUUGUAAAAGAUACUGACACAUAUUUUAGUAAAACUAAAGAAUUCCUUAAA